GUUCGGUAGUUGGAGCGUUGUGGAGCGCGGAUGAGAACCCGCUAGACAUCUCACCUUGGGACUACAUCGUUCAGCGAACACUCGAAUCACUUCUCAUUGUCCAUGUACUUUGACAAUGGAUUUAUCAGUCACAAAGCCAGUAGGACAUGCUGUUUCUCAAAUACCCCCAGUUGGCGUUGAAAGAGAGGCUUGUACAUCCAUUCAUCCCGAAGGUUUCUUCCUGCGCCCUCCGCCGACACCUCACCAUUUAUCGUCCUUUAUAACGCCCGACGCCAAACUAUUCCAAACGAUACAUAUGGGCGCUGCUGUAGUAGAUGCCGAAAAGUGGUUACUAGUAGUCGAUGGCCUUGUCCGAAACCCAUUCUCUCUCUCUUUGGCACAACUCAAGGCGUUACCUCAGACUUCCGUUACGUCCUUUCACGAAUGUUAUGGAAGUCCUCUGAAACCGCCAACUAGUAACCCAUGGCGCAUCGGCAAUGUCUUAUGGACUGGUGUUCGGCUGUCUACUAUCCUAGCUCUCGCUGAGCCACUGCCUCAAGCGCGCUUUGUCUGGUCAGAAGGUCUCGAUCAUGGAAAGUUCUUUGAGUACGAAGCAGACCGCUAUCAGAAAGACUUACCAGUAACAAAGGCGCAAAGGCCUGAGGUCCUUCUGGCAUGGAAGAUUAACGGAGAGCCACUCAGUAAAGAGCGAGGGGGCCCGGUGAGAAUUGUUGUCCCUGGCUGGUUCGGCACGAACUCGACAAAGUGGCUUUGUAGGCUUUCGCUACAGGAGACUCGCGCACCUGGUCCUUUCGCUUCUAUUCUAUAUAACGAGAAAGACCCAACGGACCCUGAAGGAGUGAGGAUGCGGCCGGUAUGGGAAGUCGAAGUUAACUCGAUGAUGACGAAGCCCGAGGACUCAGCAGUCAUCUGUGCAGGCUUGGUAACGGUCGAAGGAUGGGCUUGGAGUCAUGAAGGUGUAGCACUGGUAGAAGUUAGCAAAGAUCAAGGACAGAGCUGGGUUCGAGGGAAGGUUGAGGAUAAAGAAGAGCAGGCUUGGCAAAAGUUCACCGCGGCUGUUGAGCUCGAGCCUGGGGUUUGGAAACUGAUUGCUCGGGCGACGUCUGAAAGUGGGAUGAAGCAGCCUUUGACGGGAAGACGCAACCAUGUCCACAGCAUUACGGUAAAUGUCAAAUGAUGAUGUUCAGUAAUUCGUUGAUGUUCAAUUGUUUCGAGGACAAUAGGUUCGCCGUGGAGAAGGCUUUCUCGUAGCAAUAGCACUGACAAAGGAUACUCGGGAACAAUAAAAAGUCCCUGCGUCUGUUCUUCUUUUAGCUGCGUCGAG